CGAGAAAUGAAUUUUUAAGUACUCCAAAGCCUUAAAUUGAACAAGUCCAAGCCCAGAAAGCACUGUCAUACCGUGUUUCUAUGUUCUUCUUCCUUUGCUCUUCGAUCUAAUGUCCAUCUAAAAAAAAUUUCAUUAUCACUCAUUAUAUAUAUGCUUCUUGAUUAGGACCCAUUUCAGAAAAUAUCUUAAAGAUUUAGUUUUGGAUAUCUAUAAACAUGAAGUUCCCUUGUCGUGGCUUAAGUUGUUUCUCUUCCUCUAAUUCAAAACCCAGCAUUGAUAUUAACAGACCAGAAAUUAAACCAGGUGAACAGAUCCCAGAAAACCUGCAAAUAUUUUCUUUUCAGCAAUUGGAUAUAGCCACUCAUGGCUUCUCGUCCUCUAACAAGAUUGGAGAAGGUGCCUUUGGCUCCGUUUACAAGGGCCGGCUAGGGGAUGGUUCUUUUGUAGCUGUUAAGGUUCUUUCUGUAGAACCAGAAUCUAUGCGUGGAGAGAGAGAAUUCAUAUCAGAAUUAGCUGCUCUAUCUAAUAUCAAACAUGAAAAUCUUGUUAAUCUCCAAGGAUGUUGUGUUGAUGGAGCCAAAAGAUAUUUGGUCUAUGAUUAUAUGGAAAAGAACAGCCUAGCACAGACCUUACUAGGCAACGAGGCAAGCAGGAUGAAAUUUAGCUGGGAAGCAAGGAGAGAUAUUUCUUUAGGAGUUGCACAUGGGCUUGCAUAUCUUCAUGAGAAGGCUAAACCACAAAUUGUGCAUAGAGAUAUCAAAGCAAGCAAUAUACUUCUUGACCACAAUUUCAUGCCCAAAGUGGCUGACUUUGGUCUUUCCAGAUUACUUAGAGAAAAGGUUUCUCAUGUCAGUACUCGCGUUGCAGGCACAUUAGGAUAUCUUGCUCCAGAAUAUGCCAUUACCGGACAUUUGACAAGAAAAUCAGAUGUUUACAGUUUUGGAGUACUGCUAUUCGAAAUCAUCAGUGGGCGGCCGGCAGUGGAUUUUGAUUCGGAACUUGGUGAACAUUUCAUAGUUCAAAAGGCUUGGCAAGCUUACAAGGAAAACAAACUUGUACAAGUAGUAGACACUACACUUAAUAUGAACUUUCCUGAAGAGGAAGCUUUCCUGUUCUUGAUAGUCGGCCUACUUUGCGUGCAAGAAAAUGCCAAGCUCCGGCCACAAAUUUCAACUGCUGUUAAAAUGCUGAAUAAUGAAAUUGACAUCAGAGAUGUUGAAAUUUCUCAACCUGGAAUUGUUUCAAAUUUGAUGGACAUCAGAUUGAGUGAGAAAAGCAGUUCUUCAGAUAGGGGCACAGCCAGUUCACAUAGUACUUCAUAUUUUUAAUUGAUUGUAGAGAUGACUUGAAUAUUUACUGUAAUUGUUUCUAUGUUCAUUAAUUAGAGGGCAAUAAAGAAUAUACAGAGGAAGCUUUCUUUAACAAUA